GUGUGAUAGAGGGGAGAGAGAGUGUAUGUGUGGUAGAGAAAGAGGAGAGAGAGAGAGAAUGAGAAUGAACUGAUGAUGCCAUUAGAAGACCUGGCAUUGAAGGCCAACCUAGGAGCAGUGAGUUGACAUUGAGGAGAAGUGGACUUGGGUUUGCUAUAAGGAAAAAAUUAAAGCUGGCCCUAGAGAGGAGUGGGCCAUUUGAGGAGGUAGUGGGUUUCCCCUCACUCCAGGUCUUCAAGCAAAGACCAGAUGAGCACCUGGAAGGGCUGUGGGGCAGGGGCGGCACAGCCAGGGACAGGCUGGCCUGGCCAGCUUCGAGUUCCCUUCCUGAUCUGAGAUUCAUAAGCUCUAGUUUAAAAAGGAAUGGAAGCAUGGAUCUACUCUAAGCCUCUCAUUUCACCAGUGGUGGGGGAGGGGAAAACCAAACAGGGUCCGAAGAGGUUGUGACUUGCCCCAGGUCACAGAAGUAGGAAGGGAUGGAGCCAGCAGGACCCUCCACCCCAAUCCAGUAUUCUUUCUAGCACUCAGCACAGUGCCUGGCCUAGAGUAGAUGGUGUACAAAUGACGAUUAACAUGCCUUUUCCCCUACGCCACACUGCUCCUCUGUUUGGUGAAUCCUGGCUUUACCCCUUAUUAGUUGUAUAACCAUGGGUAACACUCAACAUCUCUGUGCUGAGCCUUAGUUUCCCUCUCUGGGCAUUGAGCAGAGUAAUCCCUUGUAGUACCUACCUCACAGGGUUGUUGUGGGGCCCACACAAGGAAAUGUAUAUGAAUAUGCUGUGUAAUUUUAAAGUAUUGUAUAAACAUAAGGGUUAAUUGUUAAUUAAGUCAUUAUGUACAUUAAGUUCUGCUAAAUUUCCUUGCACUAAGCCAGCUCACUACUUUGUGGAACUAGGUCACUGUGUUCAGAAUUGCAGUUAUAGGGGUCCUGGUUCCCCUGCCUUGCUGUAAUGCUUUUGCUUCAAUAGUUACUUGAAUACUCAAAGCCUUUCAGUCCCUCUUCUCAUCUGUCAUAACCUAUGAUGCUGGAACGCCAAAGUCUACUAUGCUAGACCAAGAGCUGCAUCAUGAGAUUGACUCGAAUCACAGUUCAAGGAGGCUUGUGGGACUCUGGAGGCUGGUUGUAGAAUAGGCAGGCCAUUUCCGGGUGCUGUGUAAGCCUCCAUGUUCUCCUUGUGGGUGCCUUUGCAUUAAAGGCCUUCUCUUAGCACCCUCAGGUGGCACCCAGCCAGCCACAUAAUUUAUUUCUCAGACUAGAACACACUCUUUUCUCUCCCCAUUUCUCGUUGAUGCUUCGAGAGAUCUCCAUGCCUGGAUAUGUGAUCUUGAGGAGGAAGGAGGUCUUGCUUCCUGGUUGGCAGUGGUGGUGAGAUGGGCCGGGAUGUCAGCACCUUGAGAACUCACUUUGGGGUGUUUUUCCACGAAACUCUGAACCAGCACCAGCUAACCAGCCUCGUACCAAGCACUGCCGCCCCGGUUAUCUCUUUCCUAUGCCCAUUGCUCUGGGACCUUUACCACAUCCUUCUUAUGAUGCGACUGCAGUGUACCGAGGGUUCUGGACGGUUUUCAUCGUGCUAGGUGUUACUGCCAGCCUGGUGGGGGUGUUCCUGCUGGUGUGUGGGGCGCCCUUUGUCAAUGCUCGGCUUUAUAAGUUUGGUGGGAUCUUCCUUAUCACUUCAGGGGGCUUCUUCCUCCUCCUCCUCAUCCUGUUUGUGCUGUGGAAGGAAUGUGCAGCUGAUUUUCAGAAAUACAUACUUCUGGAAAGGAGCGAAAAGUGCAUCCCAGAGAAUGCCCCUGUGAAUGUGCAUUAUGGCUGGUCUUUUAUAUUUGCUGCUGCCGGGACACCCUUGGUUUACCUUUCAGGACUUCUGUUUUAUUUGAUUGGCCAGAGGAACAUGAAAGUCCCAAAGUGAAAGAAGGGAGAGAGGGAUAUAUUCCCACUCUCCCAACAACCCCCCCAUACUUACGCACAUACAUCUAUACAUUUACACCCACACGUACACAUUCUUACGCACACACACUUACAUACACAUUUACACACUUACACACACAUCCCACUGAGAAACUCCCUGAGCAUGUUUCCCAUACUGACUGGAAGGAAGGCCUUCCACCAUCUCAGGGUUUUGCUUUGGCAUACUCUUCAAGCCUUUACCUACCAUAGCAGAUGUUGAUCAAGAAACAGUGACAAAUGGUACUUAGGGAGAAAUGUUGGAAAGGGAAAGAGAGCACUGGACUGAGUUGUAUGAAAGGGCCCAAGAGUAGGUUUUCAUUGGCCUCAGAUUUCGAGACCAAAGAGGCUGGCUCUGGCUUCCCUAAUGUUUUUAUAAAUCGCCCUCACUUGGCAGCCUCAUUUGUAUUGGAGCUGUUAUUUCAUUUCCAAUCGCUCCCAGAUCUAACUGUGAUUUACAGUAAGAUGUUUCUUUUUGAAUAGAAAUUGAGUGUGACUUUUUUUUGGCAGGGGUUGAGCAGGGGGGUUGGUGGGGAGGAAGAAUUAGUCAUAACUGACGUCCCAGGCCAGCCAUGAUUAUUUCUCAGACAAUUUAAACCUGGGGAAGUUGAAAAAGUUAUGCCAGGAGACAGAGAAAGAGAGAUUUUUUUUCCUUUUCCUUUUUCUUCUUCAGAUAGAAUUUGGAAAGCUAACCCAGUGUGAAUGCAUGCACAUUUUAAUGGGCUGGAGAAGAGAUAGCUUACAUCCAGAGGCAAUCUAGCUCCCAUUUCCAUACAGCUGACUGUACGUCCUUCCAAGCAAAGAGGGCUGUAUUUCACUGAGAGAAUUAGAAAAAAAAUAUUCAAAACAUAAAAGCCUACACUUGGGUAAGUGAAAUAAAGAGCCAACUUUUCAGCCAUAGUAUAGGCUCUUCUGCAGAGUCGAAUGGACUGCAUUGAAAUAGCACUGCUUUUGAUUUUGCCCUGGAAACAUAUUUGUAUUUGUGAAGCAAUACAGCUCCUGGCUCAAGAUUAAAGUGGGGAAGUAGAAGGAAAUCAGUGUCUGGAGGCAGGAAGCAUAAAUAGCACAUUCAUUUAUUAGAAUCCCUUUUAAGCUUUCAUUGUUAAGCCUCAUAGUUUGGCUACUUAAGGUUUAAUGGUUCCCAUCAUUUUUGGUCCUUAUACCCAGUCCCUCUUUCCUUCUUCUGGUAGGCGGCCAUGCUGGCUUACCAGAAAUCAGGGAAAGCCUGAAGCUACUUUGGAGAUACCAGGGAGGGAUAUGCUAAGUUCAGUAGUGCUGGAAUCAGAACCAGAGAAUAAGCUGUCAUCUUGUAAAAACAGUCAUGUGGCAGGAGGUCUGCCCAGAGACUCUCAAGGACCCCUGUGAUUCAUAGCUAGUCAGUGAACCACACGCCACACACAGAGCCAUUGUGUGAGGACCAUUUGGAGCCUUCGGUAAGGUACCUGCAUUUCCAUGAGUGGGAUUCACUUCCUUGGCUUGCAUUUUGGAGGAGGGACUUACCUUCAGAUAGUAUUUUCAAAUACCAACACUCGUCCUCAAGGCACAGGAGUCCCCAUAAGCUAAGAGUUAUUACAAGCAGAUCCAUUAGAUGAUGAACAUGUUAAUUAUUCUUUCCUGUCUCCACCAUUGUCUCCCAUUAGCUGUGAUGCAUAAGUUGUUUUUUUUUGAAAAUAUGGUCCUAAAUAUUGUAGAUUUAACUUGAGUGAUCUCACCAACUAUGAACUCUUUUGUUGGUGUCAUUUUUUUUGUUCACUUAAAAACCUGUCUUAAUAAAAUACAUUCUGAUGUC